CCAAGUUAAUCGAAGCCGAACAUCAUCAACACUCGCCCUUUUUUCCCUCCCAUCUCCCUCUCCUCCUUCACCAGCAGCCGCCGAAAUGUUCUCGCGACAGGUCCUCCGCGCCGCCCGAGUCGCCGCUCCCCAGCGAGCCCUCGCCCUCCGAGCCGCCCCCGUCCGAUCCUUCGCCGCCGCUGCCUCGUCCGAUGUCAAGUCUCCGGUUUCCGUCUUCGGCGUUGAUGGCACCUAUGCCUCUGCUCUGUACACUGCCGCCGUCAAGACUUCCAGCGUCGAUGCCGCUGCCGAUGCCCUCCUCAAGCUCGGCGCUCUCAUCGAGAAGGACCCCAAGCUCGUCGCCGUCCUGAAGACCCCUACCCUCGCCGAUGCCGACAAGAAGGCCAUCGUCGAUGAGCUCGUCAAGCAGAUCAACACCAAGGACGAGACCGUCAAGAACUUCCUCGCCACCCUCGCCGAGAACAACCGACUCGGUCUCAUUCCCGGUGUCGUCGACAAGUUCUCCACCAUCAUCUCUGCCGCCCGUGGUGAGGUCGAGCUCACUGUUACCAGCGCUCAGGCCCUCGACAAGCGAACACUCAGCCGACUUGAGACUGCUGUCGCCAAGUCCUCUUACGUCGGCCAGGGCAAGAAGCUCAAGGUCACCAACGAGGUCAACCCCGAUAUUGUUGGUGGACUCGUCGUCGAGGUCGGCGACCGAACCAUCGACCUCAGCGUCUCUUCCCGCAUCGCCAAGAUGAACAAGCUCCUCACGGACACUCUGUAAAACCACCCAUAGUAUAAAUUCUAUUUAGUGUCUCCUUUGCGUCGUCUCGUGGAAGUUUCAUCACCACGCAAAACGGUAUACCCCCUCCUAUGAGUGGGUGGCCCGCCGGCUUCUAGGGGGGUUUCUCUUCCCCUUCAUAUUGUUGCAACCCUCCCGGAAUCAGAUACUCUUGUCGUCCCCAGCUAGGGGAGAAGAAAGGGGAGAGUGUCGAUGGAAAGAAUAGUGUAGGAGGAUGUGAACAGGGUGCGCAAUAAAUGCAGUUCCCCAAUUGAAUUAUUUUGUCCCCGGCGUGAUGAUUUUUUACACUCUAGUUGUGGUAUCCGAUCUGGGUGUCGGACUUAGCGGAAGUACGAGCUCAUACGAAACACUUGAGCUC